AUGACACAGACACUGGCAAAGGCUACUACAAAUGAGCUCCAAGAAUAUCUUGAUAGUGGGACUGUGAAGAAGAAACCAUGUGAUUUCUGGAAAGAGAUAGAGGAUGAGUAUCCUACACUUGCUAGAGUCGCUCGGGAUAUUUUCUUAAUUCCUACUACAGGUGCAGGAGUUGAACGACUCUUCAACUCCGCUCGAGAUAUCUACCACUAUUAA